AUGGCCUUUGAGGAACUCCUGGAUGAAUUUGGUGGCCUGGGGAAAUUCCAGAUCCUUCAGCUGUUUUUUUUUUGGCAGCUCCUUCACCUGAACGGGACCUUCCCCAACAUGAGUGACCCGGACACGGAGCCCUGCGUGGACGGCUGGGUGUAUGACCGAAGCUCCUUCUUCUCCACCGUUGUGACUGAGGUAAAGGCCCCAUUUACCUCUUCUGAGUGCAUGGUGUGGGUGUUUAAGGUAGUUUGUCAUCUACUAUUGGAGAAUUUCACUGCAGCCAUUCCUGGUCAUCGCUGCUGGGUCCACAUCCUUGAUAAUGGCACUGUCUCUGAUAAUGACACUGGGACCCUCAGCCAAGACACCCUCCUGAGAAUCUCCAUCCCAUUAGAUUCUAGCUUGAAACCAGAGAAAUGUCAUCAUUUCCUCCUCCCCCAGUGGCAGCUCCUUCACCUGAACGGGACCUUCCCCAACAUGAGUGACCCGGACACGGAGCCCUGCGUGGACGGCUGGGUGUAUGACCGAAGCUCCUUCUUCUCCACCGUUGUGACUGAGUGGGACCUCGUAUGUGAUCAUCAGUCACAGAAACCAGUGGUUCAAUCCCGAUUCAUGGCUGGAAUGCUGGUGUGGGGCCUCAUAUAUGGCCAUCUCUCAGACAGAUGA